ACCCACCAUCCACCACAUUGGUAACUUCAGGACGACAUCGCAGCCGUUCAUUUCCUUUCAUCUAUUUACCCGUCGCCUUCCCAAGAUUCAGUCCUCUAUUCAAUCUUCCGCAGCAGGGUAAAUAAAUCUCUCAAGGCUCGAUUUCCAGUGUAUCCAUGGCAAAGAAACGAGGCAAGGCGUCAAAGGGAAAAGGCCUACCUUUAAGUCACGAAGAUGGGAGUAAAAAGAUAGGAAAGAGUUUAACGAAGAAAAAAAAGAAAUCUAGGAAGAUAAGUGCAUCUUCCAUGCCUACACCUGCACCUGUGCUUAACAGUGGCCCUUCUGCUUCCAAUGUUUCUCAUGCUACUUCAUCUAGUCAUGCUAAUCCUACUACCAGGGAAAAGGUUGGGCCCAAAAAGAAUGAGAAGGAUAGUGGGCAAUCACAUUCUGGUUUUAUAUUCAUGUGUAAUGGAAAAACGAAACCUGAAUGCUAUCGAUAUCGUGUUUUUGGGCUACCCUUGGGAAAGGUAGAAGUUGUAAAGAAGAUUAGACCUGGUACAAAGCUAUUUUUAUAUGACUUUGACUUGAAGCUCCUUUAUGGCACAUACAAGGCAACUUCAAAUGGAGGAUUGGAUUUGGAGCCAAUUGCGUUUAAGGGGAAAUUUCCUGCACAGGUCAGAUUUAAGAUUUUCAAGGACUGUUUACCUCUUCCGGAAAAUGCCUUGAAAGUAGCUAUCAAAGACAACUAUCAGGGAGAUUCCAAGUUUAAGCAAGAGCUCAAUAACAAACAGGUGCAUGCUUUAAUCUCAUUGUUCCGCCCAAUCACUGCAUCUCUGCCUACUCCUGCUGCCCCUCUCCCAGAUGUGGUUAGAUCAGGCUCAUUUCGAUCUCCUAUUACAGAAGAAGAAUUUCAUCCAACAGCAAAACUGUGUUUUCAAGAGGGCUCCUAUUUACCUGGCGUGCAAUGUACUCAUGAAUUACCAAUCCAUAUGCAAUCCAAGCGGGUAGUCAGAUAUCCACUUUACGAUAAAUAUGAGGUUGAAACACACGUGCCACGUGCUACAGAACCUCGACAUGUUCAGCAUGCUUCUCUUCCCCAUGAUGCCGAUUCCUAUUAUUUAGCAGCAGAACAUGAGCCAUACUUGCCUGAACAACCUUUCCUGUCCUAUCAGGAUGCAUAUCGAAGGUAUAGGGUCACACUUGAGGACGAGAUGGUUCCCAGAGAUCAAGUUGUUACGUAUAGAAGCGAGUAUGACAGGUCACAGUUGCGGCAGGGAAGGGAGCGAGAUGUUUUUGCACAUUCCGAUUAUGCUGCUGAAUCGUAUAGUCGAGAUUUGCCCACUGCUGCAGCCUCACAUGUUAUGUUGCAAUCACAUUCUUUAGCACCAUCUUAUGAACGGCCAUCAGCUUACCAACCGUAUUAUCAAGUGACAGCCCAUCAGGAUGAGAGCUGGGUGUAUGCUGAUCCUCUUCAAAGACCAUUGCAUGGUAGCUCUAACUCAGUUGAGGCAAAUGUGCCAAUCUCUUCACGCUUUUCUUUCACUAGAGCUGCCCGUUACCACUGAACAAGACUUGGAUGUGCAGAUUUAUCUCAAGUCACACUGGUAUGGUUUGUGUUGCUUUAUUGUCAAAUGCCGAUUGGAGCUCACGAUACAAUGAUCAUAGUUGUCUUUAGUUUCCUGCCAGAGAACAGUUUAUUAUUUUUAGGCUUAUUAUCACAAAACAUCCCUGACGUUUGCGAAA